GGGCGUGUCCGCGGGCGGCCCUGUCUGCGGCUGCGCGGGCGCUGACCCGGGUCCCAGCCCCGGAGACCUCCUGGACGGCGGCGGGGAGGUGGCCGCAUGGCUCCGCAGGGAGACGUCCCGCGCCUGGUGCUGCUGGUCAGCGGGAAGAGGAAGUCCGGGAAGGACUUCGUGGCCGAGGCGCUGCGGAGCAGACUCGGCGCGGAUCUGUGUGCCGUCCUCCGGCUCUCCAGUCCACUCAAGGAACGGUACGCUCAGGAGCACGGCCUGGACUUCCAGAGACUCCUGGGCGCCAGCGUUUACAAGGAGGCCUAUCGGAGGGACAUGAUCCGCUGGGGGGAGGAGAAGCGCCAGGCCGACCCAGGCUUCUUCUGCAGGAAGGUCGUGGAGGGCGUCUCUCAGCCCGUCUGGCUGGUGAGUGACACUCGGAGGGCGUCAGACAUCCAGUGGUUUCGGGAGGCCUACGGGGCUGUGACACAGACGGUGCGUGUGGUGGCUUUGGAGCAGAGCCGACAGCAGCGGGGCUGGGUGUUUACUGCAGGGGUGGACGACGCUGAGUCAGAAUGCGGCCUAGACAACUUUGGGGCCUUCGACUGGGUCAUUGAGAACCACGGGGACGAGCGGCAACUGGAGGAACAGCUGGAGGACCUGGUGGCAUUUGUCCACUCCAGACUCUAGCGCCAGGUCCCAGGAGCACCGGCCGCCUCGCCUCUGCUGGACGUGUGGUCCCGACGCUGGCUGAGGCGGGGAGCACACAGAGGGCCUAGGUUUCUGGGGGUCGGCAGAUGGCAGACAAGUCAGGACGCCCCUGGGGGCCUCGUUUCUUUGUGCAGAGACCGCCCUACCGCUUCAGGAGGAGACGGAAGGGCAGGGGGCGUCCGCGGUGCUGGUCCGUCAGCCUGCGCAGCCCGGCUUCCCUGUGUGGACGCCCUCAGCCCAGGGCUCCCCAGCGUGGGUACUAAUAAAUCGUCUCAGAGCACACGCUCAGCUGGACGUCUCUCAUUGCCUGGACGCCAGCACAGCUGGUGUGGGGUCCGAAGGGCCGGGGGCUGCCCUGGUGGCUGUGGGCCCUGCUCUGUCUCCCUCCUGGGCUGCCACGUCCUGCAGAGGCUGGUUUGCGCCACGCGGGAAGAGGGCCUGUUUGCGUGGGGGGCAGGAUUGGGGUCUGAGGUUCUCAUCUUCUGGGAUGGCCCCAUGAGAGGCUCCAGGUGCCACAGAAAGUCCCACCGGCAAUUACCCAGGGGGACGGAGAUCCACGGGCUCCUCAUAACCGCUGUGUGGCCCUGGGUAGGUCACAUCAGCACGUCGAGCCUCAGCGUGCCCACAUGGGGUUUUGGACUUGACCUGUUUCAUUUCAUUUCAUUUCAUUUUAUUAUUUUAAAAAGAUUUUAUUUACUUAUUUGAGAGAGUGAGCGAAAGAGAGAGGGAACAAGCAGGGGGAGCAGCAGAGGGAGAGGGAGAAGCAGGCUUCCUGUUGAGCAGGGAGCCUGAUGCAGGACUCGAUCCCAGGACGCUGGGAUCACGACCUGAGCCGAAGGCAGACGCUUAACCACUGAGCCACCCAGGCGCCCCUUCACCUGCUAUUAUUAUUUUUAAAGAUUUUAUUUAUUUAUUUGACAGAGAGAGACACAGCAAGAGAGGGAACGCAAGCAGGGGGAGCGGGAGAGGGAGAAGCAGGCUUCCCACGGAGCAGGGAGCCCGAUGCGGGGCUCGAUCCCAGGACCCCGGGAUCACGACCUGAGCUGAAGGCAGACACUCAACGACUGAGCCACCCAGGCGCCCCUAAAAGCACUUUUCGGAUUAAUGAAGAAGAAAAGAAUGGCUCAGAGAGGACUGCCUGGGCUUGGAGUGCUGAGGUGUGGGCUCAGCAGCUGCGAGCCGGGUGAGAGUGUAACGACCUGUGUCUUCAGGGUCGCUGUUUGCCGCUCAGACGUGGGGUUCUCCUUCCCACUGAACCGGGAGCAACCCGAGGGCCCCGGGACGGCAGAGCCAGCAAAGGGGCAGCGUGUGUGCCCGGAAGCCCGUGUGUCUCCAUCCUCCCUGGCGCAUGUCCUCCAGGGUCAGGGAUGCAGGUCCCUCCUCGGCCCGGAGGGCGGCCGUCCCUGCCUGCACAUGAGAUUCAGAGCUCGGGGCGGGUGUGAGCCGAGGGAGGGAUCGCUCAUGGUUCCUCCUCCCAGCUUGGCGGCGUGGGAUCCACACACACUGUGUAUGGCGAUUGGAUGCACGUCUGUGUUGUGAGAUCACAAGUAGGGUUAGGUGGCACUCCGUUCACCGCACAUCAUUGUCGUGCAAGCGUGUCAACCACGUUUUCUUUCUUUUUUUUAAAAGAUUUUAUUUGAGAGAGUGCGAGAGAGAGAGUGAGCAAGGUGAGGAGCAGAGGGAGAAGGAGACUCCCUACUGAGCAGGGAGCCGGACGUGGGGCUCAAUCCCAGCACUCCGGGAUCACGACCUGAGCCGAAGGCAGCCACCCAACUGGCUGAGCCACCCAGGUGCCCCUAAACCACGUUUUCUUAUCUGUUCAUGUCUGUGGACAUUUCGCUGUCUCCAUGUCUCGGCUGCUGUGAAGGUGGGGGUGCAGCUGUGUCCUCGGUGUAGGGCUUUCCUUUCCUGCAGACACGUGUCCAGCAGUGGGGUUGCUGGGUGAUCACCGAGGGAUACUUAAGUCUGACAUCAAGGAGGCAGGGACGGAGCAGGGAAGGGGAGGUGGGGCUGGCGGGCCUGACACGUCCCCGCCCUGGGAGCGCUGGGCUCCGGGCUCCGGGGAGGUUUGGAAGGCCAGCGGGUCCAUCCCUGCCUUUGACAGGCUGGCACUGAUGCCUCCUAGAACGGGAGGCCCCAGUAGCUAAGCAGCCACUUCUGGAUUUGAAGUUCCUCUGUACUUAAAAAAAUUUGGUAUUUGUCUAAAUAUCAAAAUCAAGAAUAAACCCAACUUUCAAUUCUCUCUCUGAUGAUGAGAGCUUUAGCUGCUUUUAUUUCUAGGCAUCCUCCCCAUCUGCUGGUCUUUGCUGACUUUGUGGUUACGGAAUCACGGUGCUGCUGUGAAGUUUUUAUGUCACAUGCUUAUUAUUUUAACAAUGAUUGGGCGCCUGGGUGGCUCAGUUGGUUAGGCAACUGCCUUCGGCUCAGGUCAUGAUCCUGGAGUCCCGGGAUCGAGUCCCGCGUCGGGCUCCCUGCUCGGCAGGGAGUCUGCUUCUCCCUCUGCCCUUCCCCCCUCUCAUGCUCUCUCUCUCUAAUAAAUAAAUAAAUAAAUCUUAACAAUGAUUUGUAGCAGUAACAUUCUCUUAAACGUUUAUUCUGUUCCAUUCCUAAGCAGCUUUAUCGAGAUAAUUGGUAUGUAGUAACUGUGCAUAAUUAAAGUGUACAGUCUGAUAAUUUUUGACCUCUGUAUACACCAACAACAGUUGCCACGGUCAUGGCGGACCCAGAGCCGUCACCUUUGUCCCCAGGCCACCACUGAUCUGCUUUCUGUCUCGAUAGAUCAGUUUGCCUUUUCAGUAAUUGAACAUCAAGGACUCAUACACUAUAGGGGCGCCUGGGUGGCUCAGUUGUUGAGCGUCUGCCUUCGGCUCAGGUCAUGAUCCCAGGGUCCUGGGAUCGAGCCCCACGUCGGGCUCCCUGCUCGGCAGGAAGCCUGCUUCUCCCUCUCCCACUCCCCCUGCUUGUGUUCCUUCUCUCGCUGUAUCUCUCUGUCAAAUAAAUAAAGUCUUAAAAAAAAAAAGGAAUCAUAUAGUAUAUAUCUUUUUUUUGGUCUCAUUUCUUUCACUGAGCAUAGUUAUUUUGAGAUCCAUCCACAUUAUUGCAGGUUUCAGUAGUUUAUUCUCUCUUGUUGCCGGUUCGUGGUAUGAAUAUCCUGCAGCUGAUCUGUUCACCUGUCGAUGAACAUGUGGGUUGUUUCCCGUGUUCGGACGUGACCAAUAAAGCAACUGUGAACGUU